AUGGAAGAAACAUGGGAAAGUUGGAUGAGAUUUUGGAAAGAUCCCAAGGUUAUUGAAAAUUCAAAAAUAAAUUCAAGAAAUCGUUGUGGCGGUCAGAAUGCAGUUGCAAAGGGGACUCACACGGGAGGUUCUAUUACUAUUGGAGAGCAUCGCAAAAGACUUGUAUUUAAACACCUAGUUAAGAGAAUAUUAUAUUCCAAGCUUACUCGUAAAUCAUUGCUUCAAAUUGAGCAAGCAAAACUAGCACUUUUAGCUCAAUUUCCUCAAGCUAUAACCCAUUUACUAAAGCUUUUGUUUCUUUCGAAUGCAAGGAGGUUAAGGUUAGAACAUGUUAGGAUUGCAAGGAAAGAUUUUGGUUUACCUGAUGAUUUUGAGUUUUCUGUGGUUUUGAAGUAUCCCAAGUAUUUUAGAUUGUUUGAUGCUAAAGAGACUAGUAAUAAGUAUAUUGAGGCUAUUGCAAAGGGUCGAGAUUCAACACCAAGUGAGUUACAUUUGCAAGUCCAUACACAUGGUCAUGAUAAAAAAUCUUUUGUUGGUGAACGAGCUCGAAUUGUACAUGUACGUGGAUUGAUUUCUUCGACCUCAUCUCAGCCAAACACUCAUAUGACACCUGUAAUUCCUACUCCAACUAAUAUUGAUGAGGCCAAUGCAUCGGUUUCUGAAUUUGAUGGGAAAGCAUUUUUGGAAGAAUUCAAAGGAAAGAAAAUAAUGUAUAUUGGGGAUUCUUUGAGUCUAAACAUUUAUGAAUCCUUUUUGUGCUUGCUUCAUGCUGCUGUCCCAGAAGCAAAAUUCAAUCAAGUAAUACUUAGAGAAAAUGUCACUGUUACAUUUCUGGAUUAUGGAGUUGAAAUAGUAUUAUUUCAUUCGAACCUUUUAGUAGACAUUGAAGUCGAAAAAAUUGGACGUGUGUUGAGACUAGAUUCAAUUAAAGAUGGACAAAUUUGGAAGAAUUUUGACAUUUUGAUAUUCAAUACUUGGCUUUGGUAUGCAAGAAGACCACGUGGACAACAGUGGGAUUUUGUUGAAUAUAAUGGCCAAAUAUUGAAAGAUAUGGAUCGGGUCGAAGCUUUCCGGGCUGGGCUAAAAACAUGGGCCAAAUGGGUUGAAACAGAUGUGGAUACAACAAAAACCAAAGUUUUCUUUCAAGGAACAUCUCCAGCCCAUUACCAUGGAUCAGAAUGGGGUGAACCAACAGUGAACAGUUGCUUGAAUGAAACAACUCCAGUCAAUGGAUCAACAUACCCAAGUGGAUUACCAAUUGCUCUGGACAUAGUGAAACAAGUAUUAAAGGACGUGUCAAAGCCAAUAGUAAAUUUACUUGACAUAACAAAGCUAUCACAACUAAGAAAAGAUGGACAUCCUAGCAUAUACAGUGGCAGACAUGGCUUGGAUUGUACACAUUGGUGCAUUGGUGGUGUUCCUGAUACUUGGAAUCAAAUUCUUUAUUCUCUACUUUAA